AUGGUCUCAUUCGAGGAUCCAACCGUGCUUGCUGAUUUCAUGGAUUCUCAGCUUGAAAACCCGAUGGCUUAUAAGAUUGAUUCUACGGGACGACCAGUGUAUCAGUCCCGGAAUGACUUUGGGCCACUCAAGACUCUGAGAAGUAUACCACAGAUUGUCGACUUUGGCUUGGCAACCAGACUUGAGGAAGACGAUGACUGGGGCGUCUGGCCUAUUCAGCCAGACCACUAUCGGGCGCCAGAGGUGAUUCUGGGUAAUGGAUGGCAAAUGCCUGCGGAUAUUUGGAAUCUUGGUGUUCUGUUGUGGGAUAUGAUCGAAGGCAAAGAGCUAUUUCGGCGUAUCCAUGAUCAACAAGGUCGCUACGAUGCUAGAUUGCACAUCGCCGAAAUGAUAGCCUUACUUGGUCCACCCCCUCCAGAAGUCAUACAAAGGUAUCAAUACAUGCGAGAGUACUCAUGGCCGGAACCUGUCAGACGAGAAGAUGACAAAGUAUGCGAGACCGCGGAGGAGUACUUCUGUGGGCCAUUCUUUGACAAUAAUGGUCGCUUUCUCUACGAAGACCUAAUCUCCGACCGGAAACUAGGCGACACAGUUUCCUUCCUUGAGGAAGAGGAGAGGGAAGCGUUCCUGGAUCUCGCCAAGGGAAUGCUUGUCUGGCAUCCAGAUGCGAGAAAAACGGCAGGUGAACUGGCGAAGCAUCCUUUCCUUCAACUAACGCAAUAA